AUGACCAAAAUUUCUGAGACGACCCGUCCUGAAAAAAUCUUACCCAUAUCUGAAGAAGAUUUAUUAUCUAUACCAACUAAAGCAAAGAUCAAUAUCAACUAUGAUGAUGUAUAUUUUGAUGAAGAAUUUAAUUAUGAUUCCACAUCUCAGAUAGUAAAAGAAAUGAAUAAAGAGAUUGCUUCGCAAUCAGUUAAGAUAGAGGGAAUCUCUAAUUCUUCAAGUAAUUUAGCACCCACACCUCAAAUGACCCUAGCUAAGGCAGAUAACUAUGAUGAUAUGUACUUUGAUAAAGAGGAUUUAAAGGAAAAAAAAAUAGAAAUAAACAAAGUUAAGUCAGAUGAUGAAAAUAAUUCAGAAGAAGAGAUGCCAGAUGAAUCAGAUAACAAUAGAUAUAGUGGAUGUGGUGGAUAUAAUGAAUAUGGUAAAUCUGAUAGAG